AUGGAGUCAGAACAUCAACCGAAACUGAAUCCAAUCAGAGCUUUUCAAGCAGUGUUACAAGCAAAUAACAUGGAGCCGGAAGACGCAUACACAAGUCUGUCGGAAUAUCAUGACUACGAGCCAAGGUUAGAGUUUGAUGAUUCAGAACUGAUACAGGCUAGUGCUUUAGCACCCUUGCCACCAGAACUGCUAGAUAUUCCGGAUGACUUACUCAAACGUUCAGCUAGUGAUGGCACUAUAGAAGAAAACUUCGAAGAGGAACUUGCAAUUAAAGCACCUGAAGUGUAUGGUGAGAUUGCAACUUCGUCACUUGAUGAUGAUAGUUUUUCUGAUCUCUCGGGUGCGGGAUUGGUUGAGGUAGUGGGAGAUGAUGAAAUUGGUCGACGAAUCAUCAUAGUUUCCGCCUGCCGAUUACCAUCUAGCAAAGACUUACAUCCAGAUAGACUGCUGAGAUACCUAAUGUUUACUUUGGACAAAUAUGUGGAACAAGACUAUAGUGUCGUCUAUUUCCACUAUGGUUUAACUAGUAAGAACAAACCACCUAUUUCUUGGCUUUGGAAGGCCUACAAAGCUUUCGAUAGGAAGUAUAAGAAAAAUCUGAAAGCCCUAUAUUUAGUGCAUCCAACAAAUUUCAUACGAGUAGUCUGGCAAAUGCUUAGGCCCGCGAUAAGUGUUAAGUUUGGAAGAAAGAUGAUGUACGUAAACUAUUUACAUGAAUUACAGCAGUACUUAGAUCUGGACAAACUUUGUAUACCAGAGCCGGUGUUAGAAUACGAUAAAUUGUUACUGUUGAAAAACCCUAAAGCUGCUGAGAUAGCUCGCACUCAAGCUCAGACAGUCGAAAAAUUACCAGACGAGAGCGAUUCCAAAACAACGACAAAAGAAAGUCUUUCUCCUCCGCCGACGCAACAAUUCGGCAUUUCGCUACAAUUCAUAAUAGAAAAUAAUACAAACAUAAUAGACUCCAUUCCUCCUGUCGUUAGACAAUGUGUAGAAUUUCUUUCACAACCAGACGCUUUGGAAACGGAGGGUAUAUUCCGUAGAUCGGCGAAUAUUUUGGUUAUAAAAGAGUUACAACGAGCGUGCAAUAGGGGUGAACCAAUAUCUUUCAGAAAUGAUCCUCACAAUGCUGCCGUUUUACUCAAAACUUUCUUAAGAGAUUUAGAAGAACCCUUACUAACAUUCGAUCUUCAUGAAGAGAUACUAAAAUUCCAGACUUGGUCAAACAGGGACAAACCACGACAAGUGAAAAUACUAAUUUUGGAAAGGUUGCCAUUGGACAACUAUAAAUUAUUGAAGUACAUCUUUCAGUUCUUAUGGAAGGUCCAAGAUAGGAGCUGCCUAAAUAAGAUGACGAGCGGUAACCUAGCUGUUGUUUUCGGUCCUAAUCUUUCUUGGCCUUCUAAAGGUCAAAUGUCCCUUCAGUCUAUUGCCCCCAUUAAUGCAUUUACAGACUUCCUUUUGGAAAAUCAAAAAUCCAUAUUUAUUAUU